AUGGCCUUUACGGCCCCACGGCCGGGAGGGACCCCACACUGCACUUCGCCCAGGAAUCCGGCAGAGGUCGGUGGAAAAGUCCACACGCCGGGCGGAGGGCGGCAGCAGGUCAUCGCGGGUGUUUGUUUCAGUCGUCUGGCCGCCGUGCGAGUCGGGCUGGGCUGGCGGGCGAUGCGUCCCCGAGCCCUCAAAACAAUCCUUGCUCUCCUCGCUCUAGCGAACGCUACGGUUGUGUGCGUGUUGUACGGCGUCAUGUCUAACACUCGUGUCGAGUCUCGGCCCAGUGUCGUGCGAUUAAACCCGACACAGACACAACCCUCCACGACCUCCAGGCGACCAGAAGUCGACGAGGCUACAGACGCGCAGAACACCCGAGGCCCGCGUCGAAACGUCCGCUACCUGACGUACCAACCCGACUACAACAGGAAACAUUUCAGAACGUUCACAGUCAGGAAAGUCACCCAACAACAAAACGUACAACAGCCGCGACUGGCAAGUGUCAGCGAAAGACUGAGUAGGAAAAAACUCCGAGGUAGCCACAGUGUUACAAGAACGGUAGCAGCACACAGACGAGAUACGAAAGAGAACAUCAGAGUGUACGCUCUGCCUCCAUGGUUCACGGAGUCUGACCUUAUAGACAUGCACAGGCUAGCUGAAGAGAACAUGACAUUUGCUGGGAAAGACACUAGAGGUGUAGACUGGUGGACUUUGGGCACAGCUGGAGAAACGUCGGAAGUGCUUCUGACUGAAGAAGGGGAAAUAGGCGCCAUGGAGUGUAAGAACCACUGCGUUAUUGUUGAUGAUGAAAAAAAGUUACAUCAGGUGUUCGCAUUCCACCUCGACCGCGUUCUCGGAAUCAACCGGACUUUACCGAUGGUGGCCCGAUCUUUCACGACGGAUAACGACGUGAGACGAAGGCUCACGAUCCGGCCCGUCAGCCUGUGGGACCCGUCCAUUCUCGUCACAGGUAGCGGCCAUUCGUCCAUGUACAUUCACUGGAACACGUACCAACAAAUGUUGAAAAGCCAUUGUUGGGGGAAAGGGCCAGGGAGUAUAAGCAAACGGCCAAAAGGCAACUAUCAUUGCACCGACGUCCUGCAUUCGGAAUGGUGUAGGAUGGCUAUGCUCGACUUUCUUCUACAGAUCUACGACCGGCUGGACCGGAGCUGUUGCGGAUUCCAUCCUACCCCCUCGGAGCCGUGCGUGUUAGAAGCGACACACAGCGACUGUCAGAAUGACGACAGGGUGAUGCUGGACCACAUCCUGCAGCGGCGCGGGGACACCAGACACCUGGUGCUGGUGGAAAACAACGCCAGGUUCAACGUCAGCGAGAACAGGCUGAACUACAGGCUACUGGAGGGCAUUGAUGUGUUCCCCAAGUCUGCCGUGGCCCUGUUGAAGACCCCGGGCCGCCUGAGACAGAACCUUGUCCAGUCGCUGUUCACGGACAGACAGUACUGGGAGGCGAGCGGAGGGAGACACGGCGUGGAGAGGCUGAUUGACGUCAUCGAGGCUCGAGCGAAGGCGCUGCUACGUCAUAUGAAAGAGAAGAAGAUCAGAGUUGCUCAGAUGCACUGA